GUGGUGUCUGUCGUUCUCCCAUCUUUCUUCUCUCGCUUUGCUCAGUGGUGAUCAUUUGUAUUUUGCUUUACAUAGCCCGCACUUGCGUCUUAUAUCUUAUGUCUGUUUUGCUUGAGUUACACGUCCAAGCCAAGUUAAAAUGUCCAGCAUGGCGCCUAUCAGCUACAGCUUCAACCGCUACCCCAACAACAACAACAACAAUAGCAGCAACUCUCUCGUCCCCGGGCACACCAACCACCCACGAACCAACGAGGGCGAUCCCGAACCCCCCUGCGAAUUCACAAAACCUUGCACCACAACCACCUCCUCCCCCACCAAACAUCUUCGAAAAGUAAUCUCGCACAUCUUCGGACGCAACAAAGCCGUUACAAAGCUCGUUCCCGUCACCGUGUGGGUGCACUAUUGCCGAAAGCACUACCAGCGCGCGCGCUACAGGUCAACCCAGUGGCCAUUUACGCAGGCGGAGUUGUUGCUGGACUCGUUGGGGCGGAUGGAGAGGUGGGGUGGGGUGAAGGGGUUUGAGAUGGUUUUGAGACGGAGGGAGGUUGAGAGGGUUGAUGGUGGAUAUGAUGACAGGCAUGGAGGGGGCAGAGCUGGUGUGCGCAAGAGUGAGAGGGUUAGUGCUGCAAGAGGCCAGGGGCAGGGAGAGGACAACAGGGACGGUGAAGGCGAUGAGACCGUUUCAGUAUCUGGAUCUUCCAACGACAACGAUCACGACGACAACCCUUCCUUCUCCGAACACACCCCCUGCCGCCGCAGUACCCCUUCCAAAGUCAAGAAUAAAGCCAUAUGCCGACGCAAGAGGCCCAACAUCGAACCCGCCCCCGUCCCCGACUGGUUGCGCCAGGAAGUCGGGCCCAACAAAUCCUUUGACGACGUCCGUGGCAUCAUCAGCCGUUUGUUGGAGUACUUGACUGUUCUGCGGGAGGAGGGAAGGAAGAAAGAGAUCAGGUUUCCGGACAUUGAGAUUCUGCCGGAGUUCCAGGGGUGGGUGUUUGAGAUGGAAAGAGUGAGGGUGAGGGAGAAGAGGGCUAGGGCUGCUGGUGGGAAGGUGAAUAAGGGUACGAAGAGGGUUAGUAAGAGGGGUGCUUUGCAGAAGGUUUAGAUUGUUGCUUGCUUUUUUGUGUUCUUUCUUAUGUGUCUGGGAUACAGGUUGUUGGGGCUAGCUAGUUUUGAGAUCGAUACCAGAUAACAGUCUGUCAUUGAAUGGACAUUAGCAAUGUAUCAAGAUAACCACCAUAACAAAAAUAUGCUCCAUAACGCCAAUAUUAACCCUCAACGCACAUCGAAUCGAAUCGUAAACCCGUAUCAGAGAUCCCCCGGCUUUUCCAAUCAGAU